UCUUCUUUUUGUGUUUGAAAAGGCCUAAAUGCGAACCAGUACAACCCGGAGGCAACCACCGGAAAACCUAGUACCAGCUCUCCGUGGCUGGACCAGCCGACCUCCCUCUAUAAAAUAUUAUUUUUGUUGCGUGGCACCGUCGCACUGUUCUACGGGUGCAGUAGAACCUGAAAUAAUAAGGGGCUCAACUGUAACGAUCGGCACUUAGCACUCGGGUCAAUAUUUGUUAGACGAAGGAACCUUUUGGUUCUAGCGGAUCCGAAUACCCAUUGGAUGAUGUUAAAAUGUCCACGGGGACAACAGAAAAUUGCUAUUUGUGGAACCACCCCACAACGCACACGAAGAUAUUUACGCAACUCCAUCAGAAAAUAUACAACCGCAAACACCCACUG